AUGUCAUCUUCGAAGCCUACAGUAUUUAAAAUAACCAAGCAAGAUGACUCAACCAUACGUCGUUUCACUAUGCCAACAUCUAACCCAUCAUGGGAAGAACUUUCGACAAAAGUAAGAGAAAUUUUUGAAAUUCCAAAACAAGUUAGAAUAGGUCUAACAUAUUUAGACGAAGAAGGCGACGUUAUUACUUUUAGUUCCGAAACUGAAUUACAAGAAAUUUACAAUGAUGAAAGAAAUAGCUUGAUGCAAGGCAAUCACGGAGGAUUGAUCAGGCAAGAAACGGUUAUAAAUUUGGGACAGGAAGGUAAUAUUAUUAUACAAAAUAAUAAUAUUAAAAGAUUUGGUUUAAAGAUUUAUGUAGAAAACCAAAUUAUUGAUAAUGAAAUUGAGGAAAUUGAGGAGGUUGAUGAGAGACAAAAUAGAACCAAUUGUGCCCAACAAUAA